AUGUACGAUGGUAUCCUUCGAAUUGAAAAGCCGGAUGGAGUAAACGUAAUUGAGUAUGCAGAUGAUAUUGCAAUAGUAGUGGUCGCAAAAACUCUAGAUGAAGUGGCUAGGAAUUGCAACGCUACUAUUGCAGUAGCUAAAUCGUGGUUGCAAAACAGCGGAUUAGAGCUCGCUGAGCAUAAAACUGAGGCGCUGCUAAUCAGCAGUAGGAAAAGGAUUGAACAACUCUCAAUUAAAGUGGGUGGAGUAGAUAUACAAUCUAGCCCCCAACUUACGUAUCUUGGUGUUACCCUUGAUAGUAGGUUGCAUUUCAAAACUCACCUAAAGCAAUCGGGAGACAAAGCCUCACGUGUUUGCAGCACAUUGGCCCGGUUAAUGCCAAACAUAGGAGGCCCCAAGGACAUAGCUAGAGUUGUUUUAGCAUCCGUUUCCAAGUCGGUGAUGCUAUAUGCUGCUUCUGUGUGGGUGCAUGCUACAACCAUAAAGUCGUUUUCACGCAUAAUGAAAAGCGCACAUAGAUUGGCAAACCUACGCAUCUGCCAUGCUUACUGUACAGUAUCGGAUGAUGCUGCGGGAGUAUUGGCGGGACGUGUGCCAAUAGACCUUGAACCGCUCUUGGCCAGAGACAGCUUCUUCAUGCGUUCUCGUCUACGAAUGAAUGAAACUCAGCAAUCUCUGUCACAUACUUAUCUAGAAAUAAGAGACAAAUAUCUUAAUGAAUGGCAACAUAGGUGGGACCAUUCCCAAAAAUCAAGAUGGAUGCAUUCCUUAAUGCCAAAUAUAAAAGUUUGGAUUUACCGAGGAUCUGGAGUACUGGGAUUUCAAUUAACGCAGUUUCUUACGGGGCAUGGCUGCUUCCGUGAAUACUUAUACCGGUUCAGGCUUGCAAGUAAUCCAUACUGCUAG